AUGGACACAGCUGCUCUGGUGACUCUUCUGGCUCUGGUUGUGGCGAUGGCUGGCGUCAGUCAGGCUCUUCACAUCCAAGGCAGUCUGGACAAAAAUGACAUCCUGCCAGACUCAGAGGAGAACAUCGUCGACCACCUGCUGGGGCUGGAGAGUGAAAACACAGAUAACAGCAUUGAUAAUCGUCUGCUGACCGCAGUGCUGAGAGCUCUGCUGCUCGGAUCUCAGAGAGAAACCAGGGACUCUGUCCUCCAUCAGCCACAGAGGUUUGGCCGUGGCUCUAGAGAUCAAGUAGUGUUGGAUGAUCAGAUACAUUCCCGCGACUGGGAGGCUGCCCCCGGUCAGAUCUGGAGUAUGGCCGUGCCCCAGAGAUUCGGCAAGAAAUGA